AUGUACCGGCUUGGAAUGGAUCAAUCAAAGAAUAUCGCAUGGGGAGUGCGUCGAGAGCCUUGUGUACUCACUGCCAAAGAAGGAUUCAAGCGACAUGAUGCCGGUUUGUAUCGAUUCUUUGGAGAAGCACAGGAUUGGGUCAUGCAGAAUACUACCCUUCAAGCCCUGAUGCGAUUCAAAUACUUUAUGAUGAAGGACACACCAAGUCUUCCACGCCCUGGAUGUGAUAGCCAACGCAACUGGAACACUUGUGGUUUCUUUCUUCGCACUCGAACAACGGCAGAUCUGUUGGGAGAACCUGCUGCGGAAGGAAUUCAUCAAGAUGGAGUGGAGUUUACCAUGACAACAAUGUUCAACUCGAAUAAUAUGAGAAAGGACUCGGCUGUGUCUACGCUUUAUAAUUUGAAUCAAGAAAUUGGAGUCCAGCAUCAUGAGGCAGAUCCAAACAAUAUCAUUGAAGCCGUCCAGCACUUGAACUAUUUGGAUACGCUACUUUUUGUAGACAAUGAAUUGUCUCAUUCUGUUACUCCAGUGUAUCAAAAUAAUCCACGAGUGGAAGCCAACCGAGAUAUGGGAGUGUUUUUCACGCGUCGAAUGGCAAAGAAGGGAGGUGGAUUCUCUGCAGAACCAUUUGAUUCCGAAAGUUCACAUCCGACCUUGCCCGCUGCAUUCAGCACAGGCUCCAAGUUUUUGUCUUAA